CAUUGCUGUACCAAUCAGAAGAAGAAGUUGUACCAAUCAGAAGAAGAAGUAGGAGAAGAAGUAUGACUUUUCUUUCUCUCUUUACUUACUCUCUCACUCUUUCCUCUCACAUCGCUGCUCUACACUGUAGAACAUACAGCUAUCGAUGACCAUCUUUACCAGAAGCACGAAUAAGACAAACUAAAGGUGGUUUUAUUCUUUUAUCUCUUUCUCUUUCCCUUCAUGUUAACACUGCUAUGCUUCUUAUGAUGAAUCAAUUCAUGGAUUUAUUUAUUUAUUUAUUUCCCAAUUUAAGCAACACCAAUCAUAAUAUCCAUUAGAUUUGUUUGCAUCAUGAACUAUAUAACACCGACGUCUCUGUGUGCGUGUCGAUGUCGAACACCUGCCCGACACUUGUAAUUAGGUUUUAUAUAUUCUUUUUUUUCAAAAUUACCGGUUUUGUUGUGUCAGUGUAGGGUAUUUUUUAAAGUGUCACUGCUUCAUAGAUCAUGAAUAAGUGGGAUGCCAUAAGUUCGAACUCGUACCCCCUAUAUAUGAUGUCUCUCCAUAUCUACCAACUAAAGUGACUUAACGGAACAAGUUCUCAGCAGUAUGAUCUCUAGAUUUUUCUGGGUAAUUAAUUACUUGUUUUAAAUGUCUCUAGCUUAUCUGCAGGAGACAGAAUAAUGAUAAUGGUUGAGUCAGUUGUGUCCUUUACAAUUGAAAGGCUUGCUGACCUCCUAAUCGAAGAGGCCAGUUUGUUACACGGCGUAAGCGGCCAAAUCAAAAAGCUACAAACUGAACUAAAGAGGAUGCAAUGCUUCUUAAGAGACGCCGAGAGAAAGCAGAAUGAAGGUGGUGAGACUAUAAAGAAUUGGAUAUCAGAGAUCAGAAAACUAGCUUACGAUGCCGAGGAUGUGAUUGAAACUUAUGCCAUCAACGUUUCCGUUUCAAGUUUAAUGAUUUCUUUCUAUAAAAUAAAACACGCUCACAAAGUCGGGAAAAGGAUCAUAUCUAUUAAUUCUCAAGUGGCUGACCUUACAAGAAGUUUACAAACAUAUGGCUUGACCGCAACAACAAGAGAUAAUGAAGAAUCACACUUUGCGUUCGAGACACAGAAGCAGUUGAGAUGGUCUUAUUCUCAUGUGGUUGAGGAGUUCAUCGUAGGGUUGGACGGGGACAUAAAGCAAGUAGUGCAAUGGCUGUUAAAUCAAGAUCAACAUUGUCAAAUGGUUUAUAUUUGCGGAAUGGGCGGUCUCGGUAAAACAACACUUGCUAAAAAUGUUUAUCACUAUAGUUCCAUUAGGCGACAUUUUGAGGGUUUUGCUUGGGCGUACAUAUCUCAGAAAUGCAAUAGAAGAGAGGUUUGGGAGGGAAUUUUACUUCAGCUUACUACUUCUCCUUCCAAAGAAGAGAGGGAUGAGAUUCGGAACAUGAGAGACGAAGAACUGGCGAAAAAGUUGUACAAAGUUCAGCAAGAGAAAAAGUGUUUGAUCGUCUUGGAUGACGUAUGGAGCAAUGAGACUUGGGAUAUUUUAAGUCCAGCCUUACCGUCGAAUAGUACAAAGAGUAAGAUAGUUUUUACGUCACGCAAUAAAUCAAUCUCGUCGCAUGUAGAUCCCAAAGGCCUGCUUCAUGAACCUGGGUUCUUAAAUGCAGAAGAUAGUUGGGCACUGUUUCUGAAGAAAAGUUUUCCAUCAAAAGAUGAUCCAGAAUUCACAAUCUGCGAUGAGUUUGAAAGAUUAGGCAGAGAAAUGGUUGCAAAAUGUUCUGGCCUGCCUUUGGCGAUCAUUGUACUUGGCGGUCUUUUGGCUACAAAGGAAACAGUCAAUGAAUGGGAGAUGAUACAUAAACAUAUAACCUCAUACCUAAUUCGAGGAGAGGUACUCGAAAGGCAAUCAAGAAUAACCGAGGUUUUGGACAUGAGUUACCACGACUUGCCUUAUCAACUCAAACCGUGUUUUCUCUAUUUAAGUCAAUUUCCAGAAGAUUUUGAGAUACCAAAAAAUAAGUUAAUGCAGUUGUGGAUGGCAGAUGGUUUUGUUUCGUCUCAUUACGAGAUUGAAAGGGAUGAAACAAUGGAAGAUAUCGCCGAGCGUUACCUAGGUAGCUUAGUUAGCCGUUGCAUGGUACAAGUUGCUCAGAUCGGGUCUACUGGAAAGAUUAAAACUUUCCGACUCCAUGAUUUAAUGCGUGAUAUGUGUCUGUCAAAGGCUAGAACGGAACAUUUCCUCUGGGUUAUCGGUAGACCGCAACAAAAUAGUAACGGCAUUAGUAAUGUAUCAUCAUCAUCGUCAUCUGAUAUAUUAUUCGAUGCAAGAAAAAGCGGUGGAGGUGGAGUACGUCGGCUUGCUGUUUUCUUGGAUCAACAUGUGGAUAAACUGAUUCCACCGAAUGAGCAAGUGAAUCAACACCUCAGAUCACUUGUAUAUUUCCAUGAUAAGAAAUGCAAAGUCGAAAGCUGGAAUCGAGUUAAAGCUGUAUUCGAGAACUUCAAACUACUUCGAGUUCUUGAUCUCGAAGGAGUUAAGGGACCGAAGGGACAAAUAUUGCCGAAAGAAGUGGGAAAUCUGUUCUGGUUGAAGUUUUUGAGUCUGAAAAGAACUUGUAUACAAAUUCUUCCAUCUUCAGUAGGCAAAUUGGAAAAUCUGCAGAGCCUAAAUUUGCAAACUAUCGGUAAAGUAAGUUGGGAUUCAACCGUGGAAGUUCCGAAUGUUCUAUGGAAGUUGAAACGGUUGAGACAUUUAUAUCUUCCGAAUUGGUGUGAAAAUGUUUCCGGCAUCAUGCAGCUUGAAAAUCUGAUCAACUUACAGACACUGGUAAACUUUCCGGCUAGUAAAUGUGACGUAAAAGAUUUGCUAAAACUGAAAAACCUCAAGAAACUAGUACUGAAUGAUCCGAGAUAUUUUCAGAAGUUCGCUGAAAGUUUCGGUUUAUGUAAUAAAAAGUUGGAAUGCCUGGAAUCACUGUCCUUAAAAACCGAUUUGCUUUCGUUCCCUAAUCAAAUAGUAGAUGUCGAAAAGAUAGUACUAGGUUGUCCUUCACUGCGCAAACUUCAUGUUGAAGGGAGAAUCGAAAAACUACCAGAAGCUCGAUUAUUUCCUCCACAACUUUCGAAGCUAACUUUGUCGGGUUGUAAGCUUGUUCAAGAUCCAAUGGUGACAUUAGAGAAGCUUCCUAAUUUGAAGUACCUAAGUGGUUGGGAAAUGUUUGUUGGAAAGAAAAUGGUAUGUUCAAGAAACGGUUUUCCGAAACUGAAAAUUCUAGCGAUACGCGGGUUUUCUAGUUUAGAGGAAUGGGUGGUAGAGGAUCAAGCCAUGGCUUGUCUCUAUAGAUUGAGUAUAUCUGAUUGCAACAAGUUGAAGAGUGUUCCUGAUGGACUAAAAUUUGUUGCUGGUUUGAGGGAGUUAGAGAUCAGAUGGAUGCCGAAACCAUUCAAGAAUAGGCUUGGAGUUGCGGGAGACGAUUACCACAAAGUUCAACAUGUUCCGUCUGUUGUAUUUUUCAACUAGACAUGCAAUUUGAAAUCAUAGACGCUAGUUUGAAUUUACGACAUUUUACAUUUGAUUA